AUGCUGGCCCUGAAUAACUCGGACGUGGUGUUCGAGCUGGAGGGUCUGAACUCCACGCCGGCGCUGCGCCACGUCUUCUUCUCGCUGGCGCUCACCUCCUACCUGCUGACGGUGGCGGUCAACCUGAUGCUGGUGGUCACCGUCUGCCUCCACCCGGCGCUCCACCAGCCCAUCUACAUCUUCGUGUGCAACCUGUGUGUGAACGGGAUCUGCGGCGCUUCCUGCUUCUACCCCAAGAUGAUGCACGACCUGCGGACGCGCGUGCACGCCAUCACGUACGGCGGCUGCCUGGGCCAGAUGUUCGUCAUCUACACCUACGUCUUCUGCGAGUUCACCAGCCUGACCGUCAUGGCGUACGACCGCUACGUGGCCAUCUGCCGGCCGCUGCGGUACCGCGUGCUGAUGACGGCGCGCCGCGUGGCCACGCUGCUGCUGCUCACCUGGGCCUUCUCCAUGCUGGAGGCGGCGGCGGGCAUCACGCUGACCGCCAUGCUGCCCGUCUGCGGCCGCCGCGUCCGCAACAUGUUCUGCACCAACUGGGAGGUGGUGAAGCUGUCGUGCUCCGACACCACCGCCAACAACAUCUACGGCUUGGCGCUGACCGUCUCCCACGUGCUGCAGACGGCGCUCAUCCUGGUGUCCUACGGCCACCUGGUGCGCGCCGCCGUGCGCUCGCGCGCCGACCGCCGCAAGUUCGUUCAGACGUGCCUGCCGCACCUGGUCACGCUGCUGGUCUUCACCGGCUCGCUGGUCUUCGAGGUCAUGUACGCGCGCUACGGCGGUGCCGGCGCGCUGCAGCCGCUGCGCAACGCGCUGGCCGCCGAGUUCCUGGUGGUGCCGCCGCUCGUCAACCCCGCCAUCUACGGUAUGAACCUGCAGCAGAUCAGGAUCCGCAUCCUGAACCGGGUCACCGCCGCCGGGACCCGGGCGUCCGACUGA